UUUUAAAAGUUUAUAAAAAGUUGGUAGAAAGCAUAUCACAAUAAAGGACACUUAUCUAAUAAUUAUAUUAUUUUUAUCAUUGUCAUAAUAAGAUAAUAAACAUUUAUCCUUUUAAUUAAUAAAAUAGAUUCACGCAAAGUGCCCUCUCCUUCUAGCUAAGUACAGCUUAAAACCAAAUAGACUGUCUCUUCUGUUAAGUUUAUACUAUGUCAUACACACUCAUACAUCUAACGUGCAUCAAUUCGCCUGGUACAGACGCACCGAACCGCUUUGCUCUAUCUACGUGGAUAACAUGUCUACAUCUGCAUCGGUGCAUCUUGUGCUCGAAAUUAAUGCACGCAUUAAUGUAUGCAACAUUCAUAUAAUUGUAUAAUUUUUUGACAAUUAUCACUCUUAAACGAUUUGCGUGUUACAUUUUAAUAGAAAUUUUCAUGUUUAAUACAAGAUUUAAUUUUAUUAAUAUACUUUGCAUAAAUUCCAUUUGGAAAUAUUUUGAAUUUAUCAAUUAUCGCAAAUAGUUUACUUAAUUCUCAAAUAAUAUUGUUAUAAAGAUUUGCAAAUAUGUGUAUGCUCUAUAAUUUUUAUUCUAAAAAUUUAUAUUAUCUCAAAACAUGUUUUCUAAUUCAUUUCGUUUCGAUUCGAUUAUAAAGUAGCUCAAUAUCUGUCAAUACUUUGGAGUGAUAAAAGAUGUUUCCCCAAACAGAUACGAGAAAGUUUAGACACACAUGAGAUUUCUCUAAUCGUGUGCCUUGGUAUUAUCUUCGCUUACCAAACGAAAAAAGUACAUAUCAAAUACUUGCGCGAUUCAUCUCGAUCUCAAAGAUAUCGACCGUUUACAAAUACGCGAUAUCACACAUACAUUGUACAAUAUAUUUGAAAUAAAUUUUAAUCGGAUUGUGUGCGAUUAUCAAUACGUAUAAGUCGAAGUAGCUUUCCUAUGAUAACGCGACCAUGUAAUGUCGAACGCGACCAAACUCGAAGUGAGGAGCAACCAUGUAAAUUUAUUGGGGCUAAGAGUAUAAAUUCUCGUAUAAAUCUCAAUUGUCGCAAAAAUAACAGAUUCGAAGGACGGAAACACGUUUGUGUCCGUGAAAAUCGGAAAUUUUCCUACGCGUGUUUAAUCGAAGGGAUAGACGAUUGCUUUGCGCAGUAUCUUAUCGGUGUAAGAGAGCGCGAUAAAUCUCUCACGAAUGAAAAAUAUAAACGUGUGGUCAAACUCCGAGUGUCGGAUAAACGGCAGGUAAUCAUUGCGUGUCGUAUCGCGUAGGGAAAACGUCGAGAGAGAGAAAGAUCACGUAGUUUUGCGUCUUUCGCGCUGUAACCCGAAAAAAGAUCACCCUCUUGCACGUGUUCUUACAUAACGAAGAAUGGUAUGGCGGCACAGACAUAUGGUCGGAUACCGGAUAUUUCUCGUUAUUACUAUACCAGCUACGUACAUUUUUUGCGUCAGUAUGAUGGGACUAUUUUCUGACAGUUCGAAUAUCGACUACGAAGCAGACUGGCGAGGACGUAAAUUGCUACAGGCGAGUAAGUUGGAACAACAAGGGAACGAUAGUUACAACUGCACGCCACCGGCAAUCAAAGAAUUCCCGUCCGACGGAUUUACGCGGCAGCAAAGACAGGCAGGAUUUAUAAUAAUCCACUUCGUCAUUGCUAUCUAUCUGUUUUUAUUACUUGCUAUUGUCUGCGACGAUUAUUUCGUUCCCUCUAUUAAGAAAAUUUGCGAGAAGCUUAAUGUCACCGAGGAUGUGGCCGGCGCGACCGUGAUGGCGGCUGCGAGUUCGAGUCCGGAAUUGUUCAUCAACGUUAUUGGUACCUUCGUGACGGAAGGUGAUUUGGGAGUCGGCACUAUCGUCGGUUCCGCGGUAUUCAACAUAUUGGCGGUACCUGCGUGUUGCGCGUUGUUUGCCAACAAAGUGUUACAUUUAGAGGGAUGGCCCGUGUCGCGCGAUACACUGGCGUAUGCCUUGACAGUUCUUCUCUUGAUCUUGACUCUGCGAGACGGACGUAUCGAGUGGUACGAGGCGCUCAUCCUCGUCGCUUGUUAUAUUCUGUACAUAACAGCAAUGUGUUUCAAUCGUCGUAUCAGCAAUUUCAUAAAUCGAGUAACAUCUAGAAAGAAAAGAUAUAGAAAUAUCUGCGAAGAGAGCCCCCUGCUUCUACCGAAUAACUUGAUCAAAGAAACGGAGAUUUGUGAAUUUUCGAGUUCGAGUGAGCCGGACGAAUCACUCGAGAUAGUAAAUAUGACGUCUUGGCCGAAUUCGACGUGUGAGAAAUUAUGGUGGAUAAUCACUUGGCCCAUUAAUCUAGUACUACUCAUUACUAUUCCCGACUGCAGAAGAAGCAGGUUACGAUUCUGCUAUCCUGUUACGUUUUUCAUGUGUGUAAUAUGGAUCGCGACUACAUCCUACAUUAUUGGAUGGGUCAUCACUGUCAUCGGCAAUACUUUUAGAAUUCCUGAUUCUAUUAUGGGCUUAACGUUUCUCGCGGCAGGAAUGAGCGUACCUGAGGCAGUUUCAAGUGUUAUUGUUACAAAUCAAGGUCUCGGAGCUAUGGGGAUAAGUAAUUCGAUCGGAUCAAACGUAUUCGAUGUCUUAUUAUGUCUCGGAUUGCCAUGGUUUAUAAAAGCUACGCUAUUACCGAAAAUACCCGGACAAUAUUACGUUCAAAUCAAUUCUCAGGGACUAGUAUACAGUUCGGCAUCUCUCUUUUCUACAUUAAUCAUCUUAUAUGGAGCUUUACUUAUUAACAAAUUCAAAUUAAAUCGAACAGUCGGGAUCAUCUGUCUCGUGAUGUACGUCGUAUUUUUGAUAUUUGCAUCCAUUCUAGAACUCAAUACAUUCUUUGUCGUUAAUUUACCGAUAUGUAUCGACUAGGAAAUAUAUCAAUUUCGUUCAAACAUAAGAUAUUUAUAUUUUUUGUUGAUAUCUGUGUGUGAAUCUGUAUGUUGCGACAAGCAAAUUUUUACUUAAAACGUUUGUACAAUUUUUGUACAAGUAUGAAACAAAGAUAUCUGAAUAUUAAUAAACUUCUAAUUAAUAUAUCACAUUAAAAAAAAGUUAUGAUAAGUUUAUCUAUCCUCUACAUAUAGUUACUCAUAAAAAUUAUAUUAUAAUCUAUCAUACUAUUUAUGCUUAUUCUAUAUGUUUAAAUUGAAUUAUAUAUUAACACAUACACAUAUAAUAGAAGUAUGUUCAUCAACUUUAUGGGAAGAAUGUCACAUGAAAUUUUUUAAAUAUAGAUUGCAAAAUAUAUAUAGUAUAUGUGUACUGUAAUUCUCAAAUAUUAUGAAUGAAAGAGAUAUAAAAUAAUUUCAUUA